UGCACACAGCUGAUCGCGGCCAGCCGCACAGUCCUGGCCCCAGCCCAGGGCUGCCUCCACACGGCCAUUUCUUUCCAGCACUUUCAGCGGGUCCCAGCCGUGGGGGCCGACUCCAGACUAACUGGCCGAGUGACCUUGGGACAGUUAAUACAGCCCCUUCAAGCCGAGUUUCCUCUGCUGCAGAACGGCUAGGACUGCCGCUAGUAAGGAGACUCCCUCUGUAGUAGGAACGGUUUAUGGCUCUGCGAACAGCCCCACGCCCCACCCUCCGCCAUCCGCGAGCUCCGAGAGCGGCCCCUUCAUCGAGCCCCGGAGCGACGAAGUUCGUCCCCGGCGUCGCUGAGUAAGGACUGCGCGGCACGUAUAGAAGGUUCCCGCGCAGGCGGAGCGGGUCCUGCCUCCGCUGACAGGAUGGCAGCUACGGCCCCAGCAGCUGAAGCAGAGGAACUUGCCAAUCACAGCAACCACCUUGUCCAACUUUCAAAUCCAAACGUGGCAACAAUGAAAGAAGAUGUUCUCUACCAUUUCAAUCUCAGCACUGGCACACAUGAUUUCCCAGCUAUGUUUGGAGAUGUGAAGUUUGUGUGUGUUGGUGGAAGCCCUUCCCGGAUGAACACCUUCAUUAGGUACGUUGGCGCACAGCUGGGCCUUGACCGCCCGGACGCAGAAUAUCCCAACAUCUGUGCAGGGACUGACCGUUACGCCAUGUAUAAAGUAGGACCAGUGCUGUCUGUCAGUCACGGUAUGGGCAUCCCUUCCAUCUCCAUCAUGUUGCAUGAACUCAUCAAGCUGCUGUACCAUGCCAGGUGCUCCGAUGUCACUGUCAUCCGCAUCGGUACUUCCGGCGGGAUAGGUCUGGAGCCGGGCUCUGUGGUCAUAACCCGGCAGGCCGUGGACGCCUGCUUCAAGCCGGAGUUUGAGCAGAUGGUCCUGGGGAAGCGGGUGGUCCGCAGCACGGACCUGGACGAGAAGCUGGUGCAGGAACUGAUGCAGUGUUCCGCUGACCUCAGCGAGUUCGCCACCGUGGUGGGGAACACCAUGUGCACCUUGGACUUCUAUGAAGGGCAAGGCCGACUGGACGGUGCUUUCUGCUCCUACACCGAGAAGGACAAGCAGGCCUAUCUGCGGGCAGCCUAUGCUGCCGGCAUCCGGAACAUUGAGAUGGAAUCCUCCGUGUUCGCGGCCAUGUGCAGCGCCUCUGGCCUCCGAGCGGCAGUGGUGUGUGUCACCCUCCUGGACCGCCUGGAAGGGGACCAGAUCACCAGUCCUCAUGAGGUGCUGGCUGAGUACCAGCAGAGGCCACAGCGGCUAGUGGGCUACUUCAUCAAGAAGAGCCUGGGCAAGGCCCAGAUCGCCACCUGAGCCUCCCGGGAUACGCUGCUCUGAUGACUUGCCAAUAAAACCAUUG